UUCUCGAGCUGUAGCUAAGCCAAUCGCACUAGUACAACGAACCAUGUUUCAUUACAAACAUUGGCUGGGUGAAGGAGUUCCAAGCGUUCCCAGUCGUCUUUUCAUUUUACCGAUUGACAUUAAAGAGGUGGAUGAUGCUGGUGAUGCAGUUGCUGAGGGGUACAGUGAAGCAUGCUGGGAGCAGUGCCCAGUGCAGUGCUAAGCGAUUAAGCUCAGCAGUAGGUGGGAUCAGCACAUCCUCACAUCAGUCCUGCACUGAUACUGACCACCCCAAAGUCCUCAUCACUGGAGGGCUUGGACAGCUAGGGGUGGGGCUCGCCAAGUUGCUGAGGAGACAAUUUGGAAAAAACAAUGUGAUCCUGUCUGACAUCAGGAAACCUCCCAACCAUGUCUACCAUAAUGGUCCAUUCAUCUUCUCAGACAUCCUGGACUUUAAGAACCUCCGGGAGAUUGUGGUGAACAACAACAUCAGCUGGCUAGUUCACUAUUCAGCUGUGCUGUCCGCUGUGGGAGAGAACAACGUCGCUCUGGCCAAAGAGGUCAACAUCACGGGUAGAUGUCUCCAUAACAUAUUAGACAUAGCAACCGAACAUGGUCUGCGUGUGUUUGUCCCCAGCACGAUGGAGGCCUUCGGUCCAUCCUCAUCCAGUGACCCCACCCCUGAGCUGUGUGUGCAGAGACCACGCACCAUCUACGGUGUCUCCAAGGUCCACGCAGAGCUGAUGGGUGAGUACUACCACCACAGGUUUGGGCUGGAUUUCCGCUGUCUCAGGUAUCCAGGCAUCAUCUCAGCUGACUCCCAGCCUGGAGGAGGAACCACAGAUUAUGCGGUUCAGACCUUCCAUGCAGCUGUAAAAACGGGUAGUUUGGAGUGUAACCUGCGCAGUGACACGCGGCUUUCUUUGAUGUACAUUGAUGACUGUCUCAGGGCUACUUUGGAGUUCUUGGAGGCUCCAGCAGACACACUGGUCAACCGCACCUACAACAUCAACGCUAUGAACUUUACACUGCAUCACCUCAUCCAGGAGAUACAGAAAGUCCUUCCGGACCUUAAAGUCACCUACAAUGUGGAUCCUGUCCGGCAGGCUAUAGCUGACAGCUGGCCAAUGGCAUUAGAGGACAGCGCAGCGAGGCGGGACUGGGGCUGGAAGCACGAGUACGACCUCUCCGAGUUUGUGCAGACCAUGCUGACUCACAUCACUACGGGCAACCAGCUGGCACAAGCCUACUGAGCCUUUUGUAGCAACUCCAUACAAAGCUUUAUUUGAAAGUACGUGACACUGAGGUUUUAGUACUUACACUUUAAAAAAAGUUAUGUCUUUACAAAAAUCUCAAGAUCCAAAAUGAAUAACAAAUAAGGCUACGUUCACACUUGCCGUCUUUUUUUUUUAAGCUGCCAGCGUCUGUUUUACAUUUUAAUCCUAGGGUGUAACGUGUUUUCAGAAAAGUCCUGAGCACUUUUUUUAAACUCCACCGCAGACUCUUUUUUAGGGUGAAAAGUUCAGCUUUUCUGGAAAAAAAAAAAACGCCCUACGUCAAGCGCUUUUUUGACAGACAACCAAUGACAAGCGGAGUAGCCAGACCUGUCGUUUUCAUAACAACAAGAAAAAAUGGAGUCGGAGCUCAGCGAGUUAUACGGUAUGACCGGAUGCUCCCUGUACAGGGAACUCGCUUUGUUUUAAGUAACGUUAGUAGCAUCUCUCUCUCUCUCUCUCUCUCUCUCUCUCUCUCUCUCUCUCUCUCUCUCUCUCUCUCUCUCCACAUAGCGCUCUAGGAGAAAGAUGAAGAUGACAUUUCUGACAGGGGGAUUACGAUUCAGACCAUUCAAAUAACUACUAACAUCCGUAUCUUGGAGGCAUAAAAACCUUCCAGACCUCUCAAUCUCAUAUUUUUGAUUAGAUUUAUGAUUUUGCACCCAUCUGCGUCUCUCACCAUGCUCCUCCCUCCUCAUCCGUCCAUCUCAUCUCUCUUUUUCCUCUCUGUUCUUCUCCAUCCAUUAAGCUUUUAGUGCGAAACUCAAAUCACUAAGUUACUGAACUUUUAAGAGUUGAGUUCUCUCUCUCUGAAUGUACUUUAUUUAUGUAUUUAUGUGUCAUGUUGUAGCUGUAAGUAUGCAGGUGACUUUUGCUAGCUUACUAAAUGUGCAUCUGUCAUUUGUAGCAGCUAAAUGCUUGCCUUAAAACCAGAAAACCAGAUGGCUUUAAAUAAGAGCUGCACUCUAACUGGUCACCAAUAAGUACUGUAACCAUAAACACUGAAAGGCUUUACCUUGGGUACUGUUACUAUAGAAACUGAUAAUCCUAGUUAGUGGUACUGUAGUUUACAGGUGCUUUAACCGUAGUUGCCUAGCAGGGCUGUAGGCUUAAAAAUAAGUGUUUGAGUUAAAGAAGAAUUGUUUUUAAAAGUUAGUUCACCUUUACACUAGGUGCUUUAAAUAUAUUUAUUUCAUGUAUUUAAAUUAUUUUCAUUGUUGCUUUCUGUUUUGGAGCUUCGGCCUCUGUGCUCAAUAUAUAUGAAUGUUGAAUCAAUGAAUGCAUUAGCAUUCAUUUUCAUGUAUUGAGGGAAUAGAGCUCCUCAGUUUUGUAGCUGUACUUCAAGGUCUUAAAUCUGUGAAUGAAAUGCGUAGAAUGUAAGGGAGUGGGCAUCACAGCUCAAGUUGUUUUUGUUUCUUUAAUAUGGAUGUUAUUUAUAAUGCUAUUCUUUGCAGCUUUUUUCUGUUAAAUCAAAAGGAUGACUUUUCUUUUAAUAAAUAUUUGAAUGAAA